CCCGCCUUGCGGCGAUUAUGUCAUCACUAGCGCGCGACGCGCGCGUUCACAGUCAGCGUCGAGUCUUCUGAAGAGAGGAAUUCAUAUUCACUGAAGCUCCUUCCACAAACACUGCAGAAUGAAACACAGUGAAGAUACUGAAGAGCAAACAGAGUUGAUUGAAGAAAACAAUGAGAGCGAAAAAUUGAAUGAAGUUGAGGAGAAAAAUCAUGUGAAAAAUGGAGAAAAACUUUUGAGUUGCUCUCAAGCCAAACAGAAAGUUUUAAAGAAAAUAAGAGCCAAGAAAUCUUUCACCUGCACUCAGUGUGGAAAGAUUUUGACGAGCAAAAGAGGUCUUGAGCGUCACACGAGAGUUCAUACCGGAGAGAAACCAUACAAGUGUUCACACUGUGGCAAGAGAUUCAGUCAGUCUCGAGACCAGCAAACACAUGAGAGGAUUCACACUGGAGAAAAACCGUACACAUGCGAUCAGUGCGGGAAGAGUUUCACACAGAAAGUAAACCUCAAGAAGCACAUGAACAUCCACACUGGAGAAAAAUCAUCCAACUGUUCACAUUGUGGCAAGAGAUUCAGUCAGUCAGGAUACCUGAAAGCACAUGAGAGGAUCCACACUGGAGAGAAACCGUACACAUGUGAUCAGUGCGGCAAGAGUUUCACACAAAAAGUAAACCUUACGACACAUAUGAGAAUUCAUACUGGAGAAAAACCGUACAUUUGUGAUCUGUGUGGAAAGACAUUCACUCACCCUGCAAACCUUAAGGAUCACAUGAACAUCCACACUAGAGAGAAGCAGCACGCAUGUGAUCAGUGCGGCAAAACAUUUUUGAGAGCUCCUGACCUGAAGAAACACCUGCGAGUUCAUACGAAGGAGAAACCACAUUCAUGUUACUUGUGUGGAAAGAGUUUUUCGUUUCUACAAAAUUUAAAAGUACAUCUGAAAGUACAUACUGUCAUGAAAGAGUUUGUGUGCUGUGAGUGUGACAAGAGUUUUACUUCAGCUAAACAUUUGAAAAAGCACCAGAGGAUACACACUGGAGAAAAACCUUAUAAGUGUUCACAUGGUGAUGAAAGAUUCAGUGCUUCAGGAGAUCUGAAAACACACAUAAGUAUCCACACUGGAGAGAAACCGUAUCACUGCACUGAAUGUGGGAAACAUUUCAGUCGUUUAUCUGCUUUACACAGCCAUACAAAAAAACAUUCACAGGAAGUAGAUCAUCUUCAGAUCCAGCAAUUUCAGAUCUGAUGCUGCAUCUUUACCAAAAGUUACAAAAUAGUGCAAGCAAUAAAAUAUCAGCUGGAUAAAUCAUCAUCUUCGAGAUCAGCAGAUUAUACUGAUUCAGAUCAACUCAAAGAUGGAGUUCCUCCCCCAAGAACAAUGUCAAAGAUCAGUUUGCUUCAUGAUACAAAUUAUAUCAUAGUUUCAUAUGAUGAAGAAAAGUAGGUUUUUACAUACUGUUCUUGUUAAGGAAGCUGAAGAACAGGCUGCGAUACUUUUUUAAGAAUGACUGAGAUUUAUUUUGUAUUGUUCUUCAUUGUUGUUUUUAAAAUUAGCUUUUUUUAAAACUUAAGAUGUAUUUAGGAAAUGCAGAUGCAAGACACAGUGUCAUGUAGCUUUGUAAGUGAUCCUUCUUUGCUUAAAAAGAAUGAACACCUGAUCCCAGUACUAAACGAGCCCUGUGGCAAAAUUAUGAUUAUUAUGCUUUUUACACAUCAUUCUUGUUCAGGAAGCUGACGAGACUGUAGCAUUUCCAAAAAAGACUGGAUUUAAUUUUAAUUUUUUUGUUCACCGGUGUAUUUUUUUUAAAAUAACUUGUUAUUAGGAAAUGCAGGUACAAGAAAUACCGUUUUGUAUUUUAUUUCUCUGUGCUUCUCUUGUAAGUAGGAAUUAAUACCUGAACCCGCUAUUAAAUGGUUCCUAAGCAUAAAUUGCGAAAACCAGUAGUAUCGAUGAGCUCUAAUGUUAACUGUUCUGCUUUUGGUGCUGGGGGAAUUAAGAUAAUACACUUACACUUAUUACUACUUUAUGAAGAUAACUGUAACUUUGGAAUAUUCCCAUAUUAAAUUGUACAAGUUUAAUGAGAAAACAACAUAUGUCAGCAUAUUUAUUUCUGAAGUAUUCAUGU